AUGUUUAUUGUGUACCCACAACCUUAAGUUUAUAUAGUCUAACAAACAGUACCCAUUUAUUAGAGCUUACCUUUUAUAAGAGUAAGACUUACUUUUAGAAUUAGCCACCAACAUCAGUUUAACCUCAAAUUAGAUCUUAAAUACCAGCUCAAGUUCUUAGUCCAGAUAAAUCAAGAGUAACAGAUGAUAUGAUUGAGACAAUUAACAAAAAAAUUGAAAUGAUUGAUAGUAGAAUAUGCUAGAUUUAGAAGUCAUUACCACCAAAAUAGAAUCAAAACGGAAAUCAAACUAAGAAAUAGCAUACUAAUACUUCUCAAGAUGAAUUUAAUAGUCCAAUUACACCAAAAAGAACUGGAAAUUUUAAAAGUUAUUUCUUAAAUAAAUAUGACAAUUCUUAAGAGAGAAUUCGAAUUAGUAAAAAGAUUUUAGAAGAACAUGAAAGAAAUACUAAAGCCAGCAAAAAUACUCAAUCCUCAAAUAAAAGAGAUUAGAGUUUUUAAUCAUAAACUAAUAAUAAAUAAACUACUUAUGACAUUAAUAAAAAAACAACAAUUACCAAAAAGAUCAUAUAUAUGGGUGAAGAAGCUUUAUAUGAAGGAUAGACAGAUGAAAGAGGUAGAAAAUAAGGUAUGGGAACAUUAUUUGAUAAAGAUGGAAAAAUAAUAUACACAGGUUAAUGGAAAGAUGAUGUUUUUUGGGGUAAAGGUAAAUUAAUGUUCAGAGAGUCUAAAUCAUAGAAAUUGUAAUUAAAGAACUUUAUGAAUUUUUCAAAUGUUGUUAGAAAUAGGGAAACAUAUAGUGGUAACUUUGUAAAUGGAGAAAUUGAUGGAAUAGGUUAAAUGCAAUUUAUAGAUUGUUUUGAUUCUUAUUUUGUAUUUUAUGGUACUUUUAGAAAAGGAGUAUUUCAUGGAAAAGGAUGUGUUUUAUCAAAUUAAGGCAAAGAAAGUUUAGAAGGAGAAUGGGUUAAUGGUAGACAUACUUGA